GGCAGUGUUGUCGUAAGUGUGGUGGAGGGAAGGUGUGCACGCGGGGCUCCUCCAACUCUUUGAAUACCGUUGGGGAAUAACGCUGCUGUCUUAAAACCUGCCAGCGUGGGGUAUGUGUGGGGGUGGAGUGUCGCUCUGGCUGGUUAAAGGGGACCCAUACAGCCGUAGCUGGCGGUAUGUACUGCUCUGAUGUUGGCAACGGUAGCGAGACAACGGCAGUGAGGCAACGGUAGCGAGACAGCGGUGGUGAAACAACGGUGACGAAAUAACGGUAGACAACGGUUGCGAAAUAACGGCAGUGAGGCAACGGUGGCGAAGUAACGGUAGUGAGGCAGUGGUCGCGAAAUAACGGUAGUGAGACAACGGUGGGAGAAACAACGCUAGUGAGGCAACGGUUGCGAAAUAACAGUACUGAAAUAACGGUAGUGAGACAACGGUGAUCAAGUAAUUGCAAUGAGAAAACGGUGGCGAAACAACGGUAGUGAGGCAGUAGUGUGAAACAGGAGUGCUAAGGCAAUAGCAGUGAAAUAACGGUACUCUGAAUCAACGGUACGGUGUGGCAACGACAAGAGUGAAACAACGGUACUAUGAGAUAACGAUAAUGAAGCAUCGGUAGUGGGUGAUGGUGGUGUGGUGAAACUGUCGUUACAGUGGUGAUGCAGUGAGAUUGGUGCAGUGGUGAUACAGUAGAAUCAACGGGAGAAGGAGUAAAAUUGGUACCUCAUACUUUUAGCAGUGUGUUUACAUUGGUGUGUUGUGUUGGUUACUGUUCCAUUGGAAGAGCCGUCCCACUGGAAUUACGGUUCCAUUGCGGGUGCCGUUGCAUUGGCAUUACUGUUCCACUGAAGUUACUGUUCCAUUGGAACCCAUGCACUGGAUUUAACCUGCUCACACUCUUUCAAACUUCCACGUCGUGUAAGAUGUGACUCCGAACUUCAAGACUGGCGCCAGGUUCUCAAGGGCGUUGGAGCGGAGGAUGGGCACUAGAGGAGACGUGUUGGCAUCCCGCAAGCCCUUCACCUCACAGAUGGCGCGCCAUCCCACCUGCCCAGACCACCAGGGAGUGGUGGAGGAGGGUCGGGGCCGGGCCACCACCUCCUCCAAGGUCUCCAAGAUUGCUGGUAUGUUCCAAGGAGGAGGCAGCAGCAGCGGCGGCGUCCGGCCAACUUCUGAUGAUGACUCCUCCACCGCUGCCUCUUCUUCCUCCUCCACGACCGGUGGUGGCAGUGAUGGUCCCUCCCAUGCCACUGUAGUGCGCACCGAGUCCCAUCUGGCCCGUUUCAACAAUGCCCGCGCCCUUUUCGAGAAGAUGGGUCAGGGGGAGGUCUCACAGCCCAAGGUGGCCAUUCCCACCAAACUCGCCCCCUCAGUCGUUCCCACCAAAGUCGUGCCAACAGCCGUUCCUGCCAAACUCGCACCAGUGGUCAUUCCUGCCAAGACCGAGAUGAAGGUGGUUUCAAGAUUUGAGGCCAAGAUGGAUACUGUGCCAUCGGAGGCUAGGAAGUCGUCUGUCUCCACUACCACAACCACCACCAUCACAACCACCACCACUACCAUGCAGGCAGGUGUAACGUCACUCCACCUACGGCGGACAUUCGGGGAUGGGUACAGUAGUGAAGAGCGAGGUCGAGGUCGCAGCCCACGGGAAGAGUCCAUCUCUCCCGCCAGAUCGGUGGGAGAGGCAUCAUCUUCCUCUUCUCGCUCGACGUCACCAAGUCCUGCCCGCACCACCAAUGGUCAUGCUCACCACCAGGAUGUGGGUGGAGGUUUAGUGGGCAUUGGCCUUGGUGUGGCGGGUCUAGGGAUGCGACGACCUGGAUCAGCAUCCAGUCGUUCACUGUCAACCUCCAGCACAGAGUCUGAGCCACCCCGGCGGUGGCCUCCCAAGACCUCUGACUGCAAGUUAAUCACCAGGCCAGAGGCCUUCAAAUCAGAGCUUUCCACCUUGGAACUCAGGAAGGCUAAACCGGAGAAGCCAUUGAAGCCAGAAAGCCUGGAACGUAAGUUUUCAACUCACGAGCAACACCAAGAGUUGAUUGCCAGGCACAAGAACUGGUUUCAGAGCUUCUCCAAAAACCGCUCGCCAGCCUCCUCCCCUAGUAAGUCUGAACCACGGCCAACCUCCCCCUCCAAGGCUGAGGUGAUGCCUUCCCUACUUGCCAGGUCUGAGGAAGGAAGACCCACUUCACCCUUAAAGGUUGAGGUGUUACCCUCCGUGCUAGAAGGGAGACCCAUUUCACCAGUUAAAACUGACUGGAGGUCUACACAUGUGACCAAGCUUGAUCUAAGAUCCCCACGGAGUAUGUCAAGCAGUGAAGAGUGUGAUGGGAUUGAGGAGAGAGCAAGAGAAAGAGAUGAGAGAUGCAGAGAGAGUGAGGAAGGCAGCAGCAGCAGCAGUCGGUCAGUGAGCGAGCAGGAGGCCUGGUCAUCAGUGCUCCAGAGCAGGUAUGGACCAAGAGCCAAGGAUCUCCUCAGCCCCAGGUCUCGUGUAGAAGGAGAGACUGGCACAGACUGGAGGAGAGAGAGAGCUGCGAUUCUUUCUGGUGAGUUGUCUUUGAUCAUCUAUUUUAUUGUAUAUAUAAGAUUUGUAAAUCUUUCUUUCUUUCAACACACCGGCCGUAUCCCACCGAGGCGGGGUGGCCCAAAAGGAAAAACGAAAGUUUCUCCUUUUACAUUUAGUAAUAUAUACAGGAGAAGAGGUUACUAGCCCCUUGCUCCCGGCAUUUUAGUCGCCUCUUACAACACGCAUGGCUUACGGAGGAAGAAUUCUGUUCCACUUCCCCAUGGAGAUAAGAGGAAAUAAACAAGAAUAAGAACUAGAAAGAAAAUAGAAGAAAACCCAGAGGGGUGUGCAUAUAUGUGCUUGUACAUGUAUGUGUAGUGUGACCUAAGUGUAAGUAGAAGUAGCAAGACGUACCUGAAAUCUUGCAUGUUCAUGAGACAGAAAAAAAGGACACCAGCAAUCCUACCAUCAUGUAAAACAAUUACAGGCUUUCGUUUUACACUCACUUGGCAGGACGGUAGUACCUCCCUGGGCGGUUGCUGUCUACCAACCUACUACCUAUAUGAUUUGUAAAU